CCAAGCAAUCAUUAUAUAAUUUAUUUUUAGAUUUCUUCAGACUAAACUAUUAUCAAAUAAAAAGUAUAAAAUAAAGUUAAAAAAAUGUUUUGUUUUUACUUGCUAAUUUUAACUGUAACACUCGUGUCUGGAAAAUUUCUUGGAGAUUCGUGUGGAGGUGAUUAUGGAGAUUUCAAAUUGCACCAAUAUCCAAGUCCUUUGAUCCUCCAAGAAGGAAAACGUUGGACCAUCCAACUGAAAGGAGAGAUCAAAAAAGCUUUUCCUGAUGAAGUGAUUGUGGAAUUCCUUAUUAAGAAAAAGCUAGACGCUAUUGGAUAUUUCACUGUACCAUGCAUUAAUAUGAUUGGCUCAUGUUCUUACAAAGUAACAUGCGCUUCGCUAGAUGCAACAAUGGGUAAAUAUGGAGAUCCAUGUCCAGCCCUACCUGGAUCAUUCAAAAGAACAUUUUACUUUAAUGUACCAAAAAUACCAGUACUUGUUGGCUUCGCUGGCAAGGGACAUUAUUCCGUACAAAUUUCUAUCAAAAACAAAGUUAAACAACUAUUAUCCUGCACGAAGACUUACAUUAAUGUAUCUAAAUAAAAUCACCAUAAAAAAGCGAUUGUUUUAAGAAGAAAAUAAUGCACAAAGCCCCACUUUUA